AUGAGCAAGCUGCAGGAGACGACGCGCGCGGCGGCGCAGGGCGGGCGCGAGCGCGCGUGGCUGAGCGUGCUGCGGUCGCGCGUGCUGCUGUGGCGGUUCGUGGUGUGCUGCUGGUGCUGGGCCGCCACCACCUUCGUGUACUACGGCCUCACCAUCAACUCGGUGGCCCUCGCCGGGAACAAGUACGUCAACUUCGCGCUCAACAUGUCUAUGGAGAUCGCAGCCUCCGUGCUCAUCAUGAUGGCGCUCGAACGUAUCGGACGAAAGUUGUGCAUAUUUUUUGCAUUUCUGCUCUGUGGGAUCGCUUGCGUUUCGCCAUUUUUCAUAAAUCACGAAGGCAUCACCCUGGCGAUGUUCUUCAUGGGCAAGCUGUCGAUCACGUUCGCGUUCAACUCCCUGUACGUGUUCACGGCGGAGCUGUACCCCACACACACGCGCUCGUCUGCGCUGGCCGCCUGCUCGCUGGUGGGCCGCGUCGGCUCCGUGCUGGCGCCGCAGACACCGCUGCUGAGCAUGUACCUGCAAGCCAUUCUGUACGGCGCAUGCAGUGUGACGGCGGCGCUGGCGGUGCUGUGCGUGCCGGAGACACGGAGCGCCAGCCUGCCGCAGCGCGUGGCUGAUGCGGAGCGCCUGCGCCCUGCAGCGCCCCCGCCUGAGCCGCCAUUCGCCCCCGAGUCCCCGCCGCGCCCCCGCCUCGUGUCCGCUGAAACGUGA